CACUAAUGUGUGACUCUGGAAGUAUUAUCUUGGACCAAACAGGAUUCAUUUGGACCUGCUUCUGGUGGAGAUCUCCUAGCGCUGGCACAGCCUGCUGAUUCAUCCUGCUCUUUUAGCAGAAGUCUGUCUUGGCAGAAUAAAGGAAAAUCAGACCUGUUGAACUCGAUCUAUCUAGUAUGGCUGCAGAAAUACCAAACACUACGCAGGACCCACAAGAAGAAGAUUACUUUUCUCGUAAGGAAGUUGACUUCAGUGAGCAUGUAUUUUCAUUUCUUAACCACAACUCCAUUAAAAUUCAAGAAGACAAUGAAAAAAUGUACCAGACCGUCAGGAAACAGAAGGGGCGACGCUACAACCACCAAAUGAGGAGCGAACUGGAGAGGAUUAAAACAAUGCAAGAGUCAGAAGCCUUCGGAGAUCCGUCAGGAUUGGCAGAGGCUGGAUUUUACUCCAUUGAGGGAGACAAGGCUAUGCAGUGCUUCUGCUGCGGUGUGGUUAUUGGGCAGAUUGGUUUGCAGAAGAGAGCUAUGGAAAAGCACCGGGAAUGGGACCCCAAUUGUGGUUUUGUGAAAGGUGACGAUGUGGGGAAUAUACCAAAAUAUGAUGUCCGUGUACAGGUAUCGGAGGCCUGGAGCAGGAACAGCGGCCAAAAAUUCAAUACCAAACAGCAGCGAGUGGAGUCCUUCCACAACUGGCCCUUUUAUGCCCAGCUUGAUCCCAGCUUGCUUGCUGAAGCUGGGUUUUUCUAUACAGGUACAAAGGACCAUGUGCUCUGCUUCUGUUGCGGCGGCUGCUUGGGCCAUUGGGGAGCGGAUGAUGACCCCUGGGAGGAGCACGCAAAGUGGUUUCCAGAAUGUGAAUACCUUCAGACCAAGAAAACAACAGAUGAAAUCUUGGACUACAUAAACCAGUAUAAUGCUUUCAAAGGAGUGAAGGGAUCCCAUUUUAAAAACAGAAAAAAGACACCAGAAGAAAGAACUUGUUCAACUGAUUUGGAGGAAAAGCUGAACAUAUUUGCAGAUGAGAAUCUUCGUCUGGAGUCUUUCCUAAUGUGGCCUUCAGAUUCUUCAGCUGACCCAAAAGCACUGAGCCAAGCUGGGUUUUUCUACACUGGAACAGACGACAAGGUGAAGUGCUUCCUCUGUGGAACGGAGGUCUUUAAGUGGGAAGAUGGAGAUGUUCCUUUUGAGGAACAUCAAAAAUGGUCUCCACAAUGUCCAUUUGUUUUAGAUAAGCAGCAGCAUCAUGCUUUUGAAGAAAUGAAAUCUGAAUCGACAUCAAAGAAAAACAACCUACAGGACCAGGAGCCAGAGUUCCCAGAAUGUAAUCCUAUAACUGAAGAUGUGAGAACAUUUGAAGACAGACUCUCUAACUUUCUGAGAAAUGUUUACAGCAGCCUAUCGUUCUGCAAACCAGCAGUGGUAGAAGAUGUGAGCUGCUUCGCCAUCGACCUGAAAAAGGUGUUUGUAGAUCUUGCCAUGACUUCACAAGAGCAGAAGGGAAGUUCAGCACAGAGCGUGACCCUGCCUGAGUUACUGAGGAGCUUGGAUGGCCUAACUGUUGUAAAAGGGGGCAGAGGCACAGGGAAGACGGCCUUGCUGAAAAAGAUUGCCAUUCUCUGGGCUUCUGAUUAUUGCCCCGUAUUGAGCCGGUUCCAAUUUGUGUUUUAUGUCUCUUUUUCAAACCUAAAUGCAAGCCCUGCUCUUGUCUCAGUGAAAGCCAACCUGGAGAGGAUGAUGAAACAAUAUGGUGAAUCAGCCUUGUUUCUCCUGGAUGAUGUUGGAGAGGGAGAAAACCCAUUGUUGGAAAAACUGAGAGAGAAACUCCAAUCCCAGGAAAGACCGCAUUGUCUGUCCAUGGUCAUUGCCAUAUGUCCUUAUAUGAUGGACAGAAUCAACCUCCUCCCAGACAGAACUGUCACUUUAAAGGACUUCCCUACUUGCAGAUCAGCCUGUCUAGUCAAAAGACUUAUAUGGCCAAAUCUCAGCAUAAUGAAAAAAUGUUUGGAGAAACUAUGGUUCUAUUCAUUUAAAGCCAGCUUGAAGACACCCUUUUGUGCCUUGGCUCUCUGCAUAUCACUAGUGCAGAAGCCUGGGAUGAAUUUGAGCACUGGAUCUUCAUUUUACAGUACCUUCGUCCAGUACCUCAUGCAGGGAAUUGAUGAGAACUCGAAGUUGCUUUUAGUAGAACAGUUGGCCUGGGAAGGUUUGAUGAGAAAUCAGUUUGAGUUUACAGACAAAGACUUGACAAAUCUUGGCCUACAGUCAGGUUGGUUGAUUAAGCAGGGGUUAGUGGUAGAAGGGAACUGUGGGCCCCACAGCCUUCGUUUCAUAGAUGAAUACUUCCAGGAGUAUUUGGCAGGGCGAUAUCUGGCACAUUUAUUCAACUCUGACCAGAUAGAAAAGGCUUCAAUCUGCCUGAGUCAAAUCAUGCCAUUUCCUAAAGCACUGGGACAGUUCUAUCUGUUACUACUUCACUGCUUUCAUCAUUCCGGCAAGGCUGCAACAGUCAUCAUUCCACAACUGUUGGCUCAGUACAGUUGUCUAGAUGCCUGGAUGUCUGCUGAUACAGACAAAGGAUUGCACAAGCAGUCCAGCAGUCCACGUUCACUUAUAAGAAUUUUAACUCAGUGUGUCAAAAUGUGUGCCGAGUUCUUCGAUGGGAGUACCACACAUUGGAAAUCAUCAAUGAUAGAUGGGAAUAUUUUUUAUUUAAUAAAUGUGGAGCGGGUCCUGAAGCUCAUCUAUGAAAGCAAUUGCACAUCCGUGGGAUUCCCCAUAAUACGGCAACAUCUUGCUGGGACAACACUCCACUUUGAUUCACCCAUGUACCCAAUAUUGUGUGUGCUGUAUUUCCUCAAAGACUACCCACAGUGUAUCCCAGAGCUGCAGUGCACCCGAGUUACCUUUUCCGAUGUCUUGGACUGUGUGGAGACCGAUCCCUCUCAGCCGCAUUCCUGGAAGUUUGUUCAGCUGCCUGUCGAGUUUGUUUCUGCUUUUCAAGCAGCAUAUCAGCAAAAAGUGACUGGUGAAAAGCUACAUUUGGCAGCUAACCGGGUCGCAUCGUUCGAAAAGAACGACGUCCUCCGUCUUUCUGUCCUGUUUUCUGUGUUCAAACGGAUUGACAUUGAAGUGGAAGACAGCCCAGGUUUCCUCUCUUGGAUUCAGUGCAUCCUGGAUAAGUUCAGAGAAAGCUGGGUGAGGUGCCGUAUAAUUGGAUGUUCCCUGGCCCAGGAAGACAGGAAGUGUCUGCUGUCAGCCACAGAACUUAAAGUAUUGGAGCUAGUAGGGACAGCUGCCAGUCCUGUCUCAGAAUACAUUCUGCGCCAUCUUGACAAGUUCACUGCCCUGGAAGAGCUCCAGGUGUCCGUUAGUCCCCCAUCCCAGGUUGUUGAGAAAAUCCCACUUGGAUUCCGGAAUCUUGUUAACCUGAGAAGCAUCAAACUGUACAAUAUUGACCUCACAGAAGAUACAUCCAGUUUAGCCUGGUUCAUCCGACACUUCAGCUGUCUGACUGUGUUCCAUCUGAGAUGUGCUUCCUGUCCUGGAUUUGAGCAGCUGGCAAAGGCACUGAGUUCCUGUAAGGGGCUACAGGAGCUGAAAUUAGGAAGCUUCACAUUAAAUGAAACAGAAACCCAGACGUUAGCUUCUUUGCUGUCAAAUCUCCAGUCUCUUCGGAUCCUCAGUCUGUGGCGACUGAAGGUGGAGGCCGAUUCUGCUGUAGAAACAUUUGCCAAUGCCUUGGAAACUCUGUCACAGCUUGAGUGCCUGAAAGUCCCUGCACUUACCCAGAGGUCUGAGCUCAUUGUGGAGAAGCUUCACCUGUUUUCUGAACUUCAGUCUCUGCGGAUGGACUGCUGUCUCAAUGAUGACUCUCUAAACAGAUUAGCUCAGACAGCAAGGGCUGGUCAUUUAUGUCGACUCCAGAAGCUGGUGCUGAAUGACCACCAGGCCGUCACGGACGUGGGCUGGAAGGGAUUUUUCCAAGGACUUGGCGGACUGGAGGAGUUGCGUAGUUUCUCUCUGUCACAGAAGAGCCCUGCUGCUGCUGCUGUUGAUCCAGGGGCAGAUACCGUCCAAGCUCUGAUGCAAUGUGUGUCCCGGAUGCCCUGUCUGCGUCUCCUCUUGCUGCUUGGCUGGUUUUCCAAAAAAGAGGACUCGGAACCUGUCCGAGGUCUUAAACAAAGCCAUCCCAAUCUCGACAUCGACCUGCGUUUCAAAGAUCUCCAGUUGCCAGCAGAAAUUAGGAUGGUACUUUUAGAAGUAAUCAACGGCAUUCGACAGUGUCAUUUCACUUAAAUGGAACACUGUAUAUGAUUUUGCUGAUGGUAAUCAAUUUUUAUUUGUAGCACCAAUAAUCCAGAGUUAGUAAAGUUAGGUUACAUAUUGCUAUGUGUAUAUUCGAAUCCAAAUCUUUCCACGGUCUGCAAGUAGUCCUAUUAAACUGCACACCCCCCACAGAAAUAUCACUCUCUGUGUGGCUCAUGUUUUGGAAAAGUUAUUUAAAAUAUUUUGCAGAGAGAAAUUUCAGUUUUCUGCUUUGGGUUCAGCCUCUCUGAUUUCACUGCAUUUCUACAUCAUGGACAGUUCAACCAUGCCAAUUUAAGUCUUUGGGGUGUGACUUUGAGGUAAAUAAUUCCAGCUUGAAAACCAGUAUGCUAACAAAAGUUUAUGAUGUCAUAAACUGAGCAUGAAAAUGUACUUACAGUAGCUGAUUGAAUUCUUGUGUUUUACUCAGACCUACUGUAUAAGGCCCGUGUACUGAAAGCAACUUACUAGCUGGGGAUAAUUAUAUAUUUAUUACACGGCUCCUUACUAAACUAGUACACUAGGUAAAUAUUGUACAAUGCAAUGAAUUGAACUGCUAAAAUUACUCACCAGCUCUGUACUACAUCAAUGCAUUUCUAUACCCACAUACAAACACACACAUGCUCACACCAGGGCUAAUUUUACCAGAAGCCAAUUAACUACCAGAAUGUUUUUGGACUGUGGGAGGAAACCACAGAACCCAGAGGAAACCAACAUGAACCCAUGGAGAACAUACAAAGUCCACAAAGAUAGCACCCAGGGUCUGAGAUUGAAUCCAGGUCCCAAGCACUGCAAGGCAACAAUACUAAAAUACUAACAACUGUGUUACCACACCCAGUAUUUCAAAUGUUGUGGAUAACAACAAACGCAAAGAAGUAGCUGCUGCCCCCUAGAGGAUAUUCAAAUACACUACUAAGUCCAGCUCUUGCUGUAGAAAUUCAAUACCAAACAGAAUUGAACAAACACGUGGGAGAGUUCCAGAACGUAAUGCAGCAAAUUACUGAAAUAGUCACUCUUUAAUAAUUACAAGCAUCCUUUGCAAGGACAUAUAUUGCACUUUUUUAAAGUGAAAAUUGAAAUUACAAUAAAAUAUGUAGGUCUCAUUCACUGAUAAUGAGGAAAGAGCGUCAACAGUAUUGCAACAGUAUAAUACACUUUGAGCCUGUGCUAUGAAAUAUUGAGAAAAUAUUUUUUGUGGGAUGGAAACAAGCUGAAAUUAAAACAAAUCCAUAUGAGGAUUGUCCUCCCACAGUUCAAAGACAGUAAGUUUUUGCGAAAAUUAGUCCUGUUGUGAAUGUGUGCUCUGUGAUGGACUGGCAUCCUGACGUCCAGGACUGUGUAUUCUGCCUUGCGCCCAUUUCUUCCUGGGUUAAAAUAAACAGUAAAAGUAAACGCAUAUAUCACUGUUACAAAAAAUUGGGUAUGGUGUUUACAACGCCACUCUAGUAAAUAAAGACAAAAAGAUAAAGACCUGGUGUCUGUAUUAAAUAGUAUUUACCAGCACCUAUAGCAUAACGAUAGUUAUUGGAGACUGUGUUUAAUGAAGGCUUUAUAAUAUGCUACAGAU